UCUGACAAUAAGUUGUCAAUUUAAUUUGUUAAACGUAUAUAACUUCACAGAAGAAAAAAUGUCUGACGAAGAUAACGAUUUCACUCAGCAGGGCGGUGACAACGCAUCCAAGACCUACCCUAUGGCAGCUGGUGCCCUUAAAAAGGGAGGACAUAUUUGUAUAAAUAAUCGUCCGUGCAAGGUUAUUGAUUUAUCCGUUUCUAAAACCGGCAAGCACGGUCAUGCCAAAGUUAGCAUUAUUGCGACAGAUAUUUUCACUGGCAAUCGCCUGGAGGAUCAGGCUCCAUCGACGCAUAACGUUGAGGUUCCUUUUGUCAAAUCCACCACGUACAGUGUGAUUGAUAUCCAACCUAACCAUGAUGACCCCUCACUCCCGAGCCAUCUCUCGCUGAUGAAUGAUGAUGGUGAAAAUCGUGAGGAUUUGGACAUGCCUCCGGAUGCAAAUCUUUCCAACCAGAUCAAGGAUCAAUUUGAUGCGGGUAAAGACGUAUUGGUUGCGGUGGUUUCUGCCAUGGGUAUUGAACAGAUUCUGAGUUUUAAGAAUGCUGCUGAGAAGUAAGUAAUAAAACUUUAUAGUUGUGGUUCUUUUUUUUUAACUAUAAAUGAGCAUUUUAAUUCUGGAAAUGGUAAACUUGCCCAAAAUUUUAGCGGAAAAGUGUCUUUUAUAUAAUAUCCGUUUUUGGUAAGAUUAUAUAUGGGUAUAAUUUUUACACUUUUCA